AUGGCCAGCAACGCAAACAUCCCGACGACCGUCCCUUCGGCCCGUCACCACGAGGGAAAGCUCGCCAUCAUCACCGGCGCAUCCAGAAGCAUCGGCGCCGCCAUCGCCCGCAACCUCGCCGCCAAAGGUAGCAAUGUAGUCAUCGUCUACCUCACCGAGGGUUCCGACCCCUUGGCCGCCAAACUGGCCGAGGAGCUUACCUCCUCGCACGGCGUCGCGGCCAUCCCCGUCCGUGCCGACUUCACGACCGCCGAGGGCGUGCAGAAGAUCAUUGCCGAGGCCAAGGAGAAGGCGCCUGUCAAUCCCAAGACUGGCAAGUUCCAGGUCGACAUCCUCGUCCACAGCGCCGCGCUGUUCCACGCCAUGCCCCUCGAGGCCUGCAACUUGGAGGACUUCCAACGGGUAUAUGCCAUAAAUGUCUGGGGCCCGAUAAACCUGACCCAAGCGGUCAAGCCGUACCUGCCUACCGACCGGUCGGGACGUAUUGUCAAUGUGUCCAGCGUCGGCUCCAAGGUCGGCCUCCAAUACCUCACCCUCUAUGGCGGCUCCAAAGGCGCCCUGGAAGCGAUGACGCGCACCUGGGCGCGCGAGCUCGCCGAACAGGCCACCGUCAAUUGCAUCAACCCCGGUAGCACCAUGACAGACAUGUACCGUAACGCGAACCCGGCGGCUAAGGAGGCCAAUGCACUGUUCAACCCGCUGGUACCGCUGUCGCCGCUGCGCGAGUGGGACAACGAGGAGCAGAAGAGGUUCGGCGAAUUGUAUGGUGGACGCGUGGCGUAUCCGGAGGAGAUUGCCGGGAUCGUGGGCAUGAUCUGUUCGCCGGAGAGUGGGUGGAUGACGGGGUGCUUGGUCAGUGCUAAUGGUGGGCAAUGGAUGAGCGACAAAUCUUUCCAGAACAAGACUUCCAUUGCUGGUCUUUGGCGAUUACUUAUAUGCUCACUCCGUCCCCUUGCGGGCACUCCAGUCCAACUUGUCCUUCAACCAGUCUCAAGCAUCAAAGUACAUCAGAACGGAAACAUGGCACAGAACCACGAAGACCACGGCAACAUCACGCCAGACUCGGCCCUAGAGUUGGAGAAUGCCUACGGAUGCACCAUUCAAGACAGUCAUUCUGAUGAUGUUAUGAGCAUGGGCGACCGACACAAUGUCCGCUAUGAUCUCAACGCCGAAGACGUCCGUGUUGUCUAA